UGUCUUUCUUUAUGUCUGGAAAACUUUAUCUCAGUUUCCCUUGACAUACUCCUUCAACCUCCUGGGAGAGGUAGUGGGAGGGGAGAUGAGCCUGUUUGACUAGUUCUGGGAAUGUGGUGAGGGAAGAGAUCUGGGGAUUUCGGCUCUGUGCUGACAUUUCCUUCAUGCUAAUCUGGUUUUGCACCCCUGCAGUUCACCCUCUUUCAACUCCUGACCGAGUUAACUCUCGUUACUCACAUCGACAGUCAUUCUUCAUGUUCAAAACCCCAUUCAUCCCCCAGUCUCCACUAACUCUCCUGCUUCACUUCCGGUCUACAUUGGCUCACUCAUUUCUUCCCUGCUGAGCUCUUUGGUUUGCUAAGCAGCAUCUCGGGAACAGCCCCCGUGCUACAUGUUGUUUCUUGCGCUGGAUAAUUGCCCAUGAUUGGUUCACAAAUCUUGCAAAGUGAAUGAAAACACAUGAAGGCCACUGAAGGGAGUAACAAGGCUCCCAGGUGGAUCCCGGACAGGAUGCUGCAGGUGGUGCAGGAAGGCAAUCUUGCCCCAUUUGUCAUCAACACAAUGAAAAGGGGUCGAAGAGACCGAGAGCGCCAGAGGACGCCACGGGCUCCACAUCCGCUUGGACUCCAGGAAAGGCGAUACAUCUGCGAAAGCCCUAAUCAUAGAGGGAAAGACUGCUCGUUCCUGGCCCAGAAAUGAGAUGAGAAAUCCAGGGCCCCGUACGGGAAGGACUUUUGCAAAGUCUGGACUCAACUGCCUUCGCAGCCCUUGAAGUCUCUUUAGGAAGGGCUGUGGGAGAACGAGGUUGGUUUAGGAGUUGGUCCCUGCCUUGUACUACGUAGUUCUGUCAUCCAAAGUGUUUUAGAAGUGAAUUAAAUCCUAUUUCCAUCUUAUUUUGAAACACUAUAAUUCAGAUAACUUAAAACCUUAUUAAUAGUCCUCAUAAUCA